CUCUAUCUACCUAACAUAAUUACCUAGUUGCAACUUGCUCAGCCACAACUUUGCAAGAAACCAGAGCCUGUCAUUCAAGAUGGCAACUAUAACCAUCGAUUACGGUUCCAACUCGGACGUCGAGCUUGUCCUCCCCGCAAACAUCGCAACCACCCCACUAGAUCUGGAAGUCCCGCCCAAUUUCACCUAUGGAAAUACCAAAGUCAGGGUCAAAGAGUUCCGUUUGAGGGCAUCCUCGGAGAAGCUCAUGUCGUCCUCCAGUUACUUUCGGGCCAUGUUUGAUGGUAUCCGUUUCAGAGAGGCCCAAGACUUAAAAGAACAUGGCUUCGCUGCAGUUCAGCUCUUAGACCCAGAAGAUGAUCCAUCGGCGAUGCAAAUCAUACUUGGUAUACUGUACAGCAGCGAUGUUCAAGUACCUGAUGAUAUUGACCUCCAGACCCUGUAUGACAUCGCUAAACUUGUUGACAAAUAUUUCUGGCAUGAAUCAGUGGCUCCUCGAGCAGUCUCGUGGUUCGAACGGCUGCAGGGCUCCCAAGGGCUUCCCGAUAGCUUUGACGAAACACUAUUCAUGUGGAUGUGGAUUGCAUGGGUGUUUGAGAUCCAAGACAGUUUCAAAAAACUUUCCAGGCUUGCCCAGCAAUGUGCCACAAAAUCCAUUGAUCCUGCGGACAAGAAGAUCUUGCUUCCGUAUAUGGUUAUUGACGCCAUCAACAACCAGCGCGAAGCUGGUUUCCAGAUUAUUGAGAAAAAGUUCGUGGCAUUCAAGAAAGCAUUGAUCGAAGACAAUGGCACAGAGGCAGAUAAAAGUCUCGAGUACGUAAUGCUAAGAUCCUUGGUUCUUGGGCACGCUACAUUUCUUGCUCGGGAUUUAAAGCUUGGUGAUUUUGCCGCAACUGAUCAUUUUGGGAGUUCAAUACGGAUGGUCACAAGCCUUAUCAAAUCUGUUCGAUAUACGAAAGGCGUCUGGGUUGACGCUCGUAAUUGCGGCCAUGGCCAAUUCACAAUGUCAGAAGGGGGUCGAUGGGAUUUCAAGUGCGCAUUGGAGAAAGUGGUGGAGAGCCUGAAGAUGGACGACUGGGGCAUAGAACUCACUGACUUCAAACCAUUAUCAGGCACCAAAUAAUUCGAAAAAGGCGAAUAUGAAAAAUUCUACUCAGUGCUUUGACAUGCUG